GUAAGUUUGGGGUUUUAAAGAAAAAGUUAAUAUCCAUUAAAAAUGUGUUCUUUUAUGAUUGAAGGGUGAAUGGAGGCAACACAGCUGAUCGAUGACUCAGUAUUGGAAGAGUCAGAGGAGGAGGAUGGAGAGAAGCGAGGAGAGCCACUGGCCAAACUCAGGGUGUUAAAAAAUGAACACAUCUCAGAGACUGAGUUGCCUCUCUACCAGGGAGAGAAUGUGUUGGGUCGAAACCCAAACUCCUGCUCCCUUCCCCUCGUGGCACCUUCUGUAUCCAAGCAGCACACAGUCAUCUCCAUCUCAAUGUUUCGCGGCAACCGUUGUCGUGGCAACGUUGCCGGCAUGGAGACAGAGGCUUUAGUGUGGGACCUGGGGAGCAUGAAUGGGACAAGGAAGGGCCGGACCAAACUGACCCCUCACGUCCGCUACGCUCUAACUGAUGGAGAGUGUGUGGUAAUAGCUGACAUCCCCUGCCAGUAUGUCUCUGUGGACCAGAGGGGGGGACAGGGGCACAUGCAGAACCUGACCAACACACACUCUGGAAGGGGAAGGAGGACAGGGCCAGACAGGAAGGCCCAGUUCAGAGGAAGCCCUAGCGGCCAAGGUCUGGGACGAGAGACUGGCACACCGAAGACUGAGAGACCGACUGAGGGUAGAGGAGUCAAUGGAGAGAUGGGGGCACCAUUGUCGACUGAGCUGGGUGGAAAAGGUAAAGCUCGGGCUAUACCCCUGUCGUUGGAACAAACACCCACACAGCCUGAGAGGACACUGGUGCCUGAAUCAGAGUCUGACUCCGACGGAGAUCGAGAGGGACGGGGAGACAAACGGGGAAAGUACUUUGUCUCUGAUUCUGACUCCCAUGUGUCCAGUCCCACCUGUUCUACAUUCCUCAGUCCUACAAACAAAGUCAUUCCAGAGGGGUAAAGUUCCCAUCCAUCCAAUCAUUUACACUUCAGUAACCUGAUAUCAUCACUGAACACUUAAUGAGGACGACAAACCCAUCACUCCCUCUGCUAAAAACAGACCCAAGAAAGUAGUGAGCUUCAGUGAGGAGGAGAGCGACUUGGAUGGACCGAGACAGCAGCCCAGGAGAAGAAGAGCACAAGUGAUAGUGGACGACAGCGAAG